GAUCUCUGUGCUUUGUCUGCAGGCUGCCCACGUGGUGAAUUUCAGUGCAGUAACAAGUUGUGUAUUGCUACCAGUUUUGUGUGUGACGGUGUGGAUAACUGCGGUGACAACAGCGAUGAAGUAGAUUGCUCUGUAAUUACCUGCAAAGCAGGACAGUUCCGCUGUGGGAAAGGGAUCUGCAUUCCUGAGAAAUGGCUGUGUGAUGGACAGGCUGACUGUGCAGAUCAGUCAGAUGAAUCUGAGGAUCGCUGCGGCCUGAAAAGUCAGCCUCAGGCGGUGACACAGUGCGGGGCACAAGAGUUUCGCUGUGGCAAUGGCAAGUGUAUCCACCUGAAUUGGAGAUGUGAUGGGGACGAGGACUGCAAGGACAAAUCUGAUGAGAAAGAUUGCCCUGUUGUGACCUGUCGUCCUGAUCAAUUCCAGUGUGGAGAUGGUGCUUGUGUCCACGGCAUGUAUCAAUGUAACGGAGUCCGAGACUGUUCAGAUGGUAGCGAUGAGACAGGGUGCAGGACAGAAGCUCCUUGUGAUACAGAUGGAACCUUUCAAUGUAAGAGUGGAGAAUGCAUUGACGUCCGUAAAGUGUGUGAUUCUCGUCAAGACUGCCGGGACUGGUCCGAUGAGCCCCUAAAUGAAUGCGGUGUCAAUGAAUGCUUGACCAACAAUGGAGGAUGUUCGCACAUCUGCAAAGACAUGAAGGUGGGACACGAAUGUGAUUGCCCAACAGGCUACAAACUGAUAGACAAGAAGACUUGCGGAGAUAUCGAUGAGUGUGAAAACCCCGAUGCCUGCAGUCAAAUCUGUGUAAACUACAAGGGAGACUUUAAGUGCGAAUGUUAUGAAGGAUACCAGAUGGACAGUGUGUCCAAAAUCUGCAAAGCUGCCGGGCAGAGUCCGUACCUUAUCUUCACCAAUCGCCAUGAACUACGCCAGAUUGACUUGGUACGCAGAGAUUACUCUCGUCUCGCUUCACAGCUAAAAAAUGUGGUAUCUUUGGAUGUAGAGGUCACAAGCAAAAAGAUUUAUUGGUGUGACCUCUUUCACCGGAAGAUUUACAGUGCCCCCCUGGAACGAGCCGCAGACCCCUCGGAGCAUGUCGUGCUCAUCAAUAGUCACCUCCAUUCUCCGGAGGGCCUAGCAGUAGACUGGAUUCACAAGAACAUUUAUUGGACCGACUCUGGCAACAAGACCAUCUCCGUGGCAACCACUGAUGGCUGCAAACGCAAAACCCUGUUUGACCAGAGCCUGCAAGACCCCAGAGCUAUUGCUGUUGACCCCACUUCAGGGUUUAUGUUCUGGUCAGACUGGGGGGAACCCUCAAAAAUAGAAAAGGCUGGAUUGAACGGGGGUGAUCGGCAGACAUUGGUGUCUGAUGAUAUUGAAUGGCCCAAUGGAAUCACAUUAGAUGUACUGACCCAUCGCCUAUACUGGGUAGACUCAAAGCUCCAUACUCUAUCCAGUGUGGACUUCAGUGGAGCUAACAGGAAACUACUGAUUUUCUCUGAGGACAAACUGAGUCACCCUUUUGGCCUGGCAGUGUUUGAGGACAAGGUUUUCUGGACAGAUCUGGAGAAUGAAGCAAUAUUCAGUGCGAACAGACUUACAGGAAAAGAAAUUUAUAUCUUAGCAGAGAAUCUCAACAAUCCUCAUGAUAUUGUCAUUGUUCAUCAGCUCAAGCAGCCCAAAGCUAUAAAUGCCUGUAACCAAGGACCUCUUCCAAAUGGUGGAUGUGAAUACCUGUGCUUGGCAGCACCACAGAUAUCCGUCCACUCCCCCAAGUACACCUGCGCCUGUGCCGACGGGGUGGAGUUGGGACCAGACAUGAGGAGCUGUGGGAAAGAUGUGCCCACUACACCAGCGCCGACAAUUAAAAUAACACCAUCCACUACGAUUACCACCUCCAUUGAGAUAACAUUGAAUCACUCCAGCACUACUGAGGACUUCCAAACUACCUCUUCUUUAGGCCACAAGGAGAUUAAGGUGCUAACUACUGAUAACAGCAGCGUCUACCAACACUGUAAGUGCUUUCACAUCCUGUUUAGUUGUGGUUAUUGUGAAACAGAGAUUGAAAAGAGACACUGA